CUUCAACGUCGGCUCCUAACAUGGCGUUGACUCGCCGAGGGACACGACGUCUCUUCCACCCGCGUUGCUGUUAUUGUUGUUGUCGGGAGUACUAGAAAAGCGUGGGAGUGGGGGCGGCGGGCGCUUUAAGCGUGGGGUGAGAGACUUAAAAAAAAAAAAAAAAAAAACCCGCGCAGACAAUAGCGGAUUGACAACCCGGGGGUAAAAAGAACAUGCACUGCAUGUGGCUGUGACGGUACAGACACGGACGAGAAGACCCACGCUACCCCACUGGUGGACCCCCCCUUCCCCACCAAAAGGCUGUACAUGGCGGUGGAGAGCACCCCUUGGCUCAUCUGUGUGCUUUUGCUCUUUUGCGCUCCAUCCAAGCAAGAUAAUUCUGUUUCGGUGGAGGUGAGCUGCGGGGCCGGACCCAGCCAUGUAGUGUUGGAGCCGGGGUCACCCCUCACGCUGGACUGCAACCUGGGGGCCAGCGACACACCGCUCAACAUCUCCUGGCUGCAUAACGGCCAGCCCCUUCCUCAGGAGGCGAGCGAGGCGCGGCGGUAUGUCACCGACCAGUCCCUCCUCCUGCUGCUCGGCUCCAAGGAUGGAGUUCCCUCCCAGACUGUGGAGGGAGGCUAUAGCUGUGUGAGUGCCAGCGCCCAUGGAGCCCUAACCAGCCGGACUGUCAAUGUGCUGCUGGCAAGUCUGUCCUCCUUCCAUCAGGAGCCUUCACCUCAGAUGGUGCCUGCUGGGGGGGCGGCUCGCUUCGAGUGCCAGAUCGAUGGUGUGCCCACACCUAUAAUUACUUGGGAAAAGGACAAAGUCGCCAUCCCCAACGACCCAAGGUUCAUUUCCCUCCCUAAUGGCGUGCUCCAGAUUCUGGAGGUUACCACAGAGGAUGAGGGCGCCUACCGCUGUGUUGCAUCCAACUCUGCCAGGACGGACAUCAGUCACGAGUCCCGGCUCACUGUUACCACAGAUUCUGCAGAAGCCCUGAACAGAGAUAUGAUCGUGGCACCGCCACAGAAUUCGACGGUAGUGCUCGGUCGUCCAGCAGUGAUGGAGUGCAUGGCCCAGGGCCAGCCCAAGCCGCUGGUGUCCUGGAGCAGACAAGACGGGAAGUCCAUUUCCACAGACGUCGUUGUCCUUGCCACUAACCUGGUGAUCAGAGACACAAGGCGCGACCACGCGGGCGUCUACGUCUGCAGGGCCAACAAGCCUCGCACCAGAGAAUUUUUCACCGCUGCUGCUGAGCUGCAUGUGCCUGCACCUCCAGUCAUUCUUCAGCCCCCAGAGACAGUGUCCCUCUCCCGGGGAAACACGGCUAGAUUCGUGUGUAACAGCUCCGGUGAGCCUGCCCCGGCGUUGCGCUGGCUGAAAAAUGGCCGGCCAAUACGUUCCUUCCGACGCGCCAAGACCCAAAACCCUGGCGUCCUGCUCAUCAACCAGCUGGCCCUUGAGGACGCAGGCUAUUACCAGUGCAUUGCUGACAACGGCCUGGGCACCGCCUGCGCCACCGCCAAACUCACAGUAAUUGUGAGGGAGGGCCUCCCCAGUGCACCUCGACACCUCUCGGUCGCCCCUUAUUCCAGCACCACUGCCCUGCUCACGUGGGAGAAACCAGAGUACAACUCAGCCCAAAUCAUCGGCUACUCAGUGCACUGCCAGCGGGCUGCAGGCUCAGACAACAUGGAAUACCAAUUUGCGAUGAAUAACGACACCACGGAGUAUCACGUCAAGGAUCUUCUCCCCCACACCGCGUAUACCUUCUUUGUGGUGGCUUACUCUCCCUUGGGAGCCAGUCGCCCGUCUCUGCCUGUUACUGUUGACAUGCUUGAGGAUGUUCCUAGCGCACCUCCUCAGCUGUCAAUAGCCAGCACGUCACCGACGGACAUCAGGUUGAUGUGGCAUCCGUUGUCCUCGCAGCACAGUCGAGGGGCCGUUACCAGCUACCGUAUCGAGUACAGCUCUCGAGAUGAUGCGGACACUGUUUACUCAGUGGAGGUGGCCGGUAAUGAGACCCAGUUUACGCUCAGGGAGCUGCAGCCCAACCAGGCAUACAGAUUGAGAAUAGCAGCUGGAACAGGUGUCGGCUUCGGUGUCCCGUCCGAGUGGGCACAGCACCAGACGCUGGCCCACUACAACCAUACCAGCCACCGCAUGGUGAUGUUUGCUCCCACUGAGCUAAAGGUCCGAACUCGAGUAAGCACGCUCAACGUCACGUGGCAGCCCUCGCCCAAUCACACGGCCGUCUCAGGCUACAAGCUAUCUUGCCGAGAGGUGGACGCAGACGGGGAGAAGACGACGCAGACUCACGUAGUCAGGCUCCGCAAGAAGGCCAGAUACCAUCUCCUCACAGGGCUUGUUCCAGACCAGAAGUAUGAAGUGAGAGUCUGGGGAUUCAACAAGCAGACAGAUGGAUCAGCUGCAGUAUGGAAAGGAAGGACAGAAAAGGCUGACAAAGCGUCUUCGGUACCCAUGCGGCCGCCCCCUUUACCACCGAGCAGCAUUCAGGCACUGGCCAACGGCACCACGUCCAUCCGGCUCCGCUGGGAGAAACCUCGCUUCAGCACGGUGCGCAUUAUCAACUACACGGUGCGCUGCAGCCCGGCCGGAAUCACCAAUGCCUCGCUGGUCACGUACCACACCAGUGCUGCUCAGGAGAUCCUGAUCGGGGCGCUGAAGCCAUUCACUCGCUAUGAGCUGGCGGUGCAGUCCAACGGCAUGGAUGCGGUGGGACCCUUCAGCAGCUCCGUGGAGGAGUGCACCCUCUCCGACAGGCCCUCCUCGCCGCCACAGGAGCUGCGACUGAGCUCGAUAGGCUCGUCGUCAGUGCUGGCGAGCUGGCGGCCUCCGCUGGAACCGAACGGUGUCAUCGUGGCCUACAGGAUCUUGUACAGCAGCAACCUGAGCCAGCCCGAGCACAUGUGGAGGAAUCUCUCCCAGGAUGGCAGCAUCAACAGUGUUGAGGUAAAGGGGUUAUCCAGUGGCACCCAUUAUUUUUUCAAGUUGGCUGCAUCUACAGAGGUGGGAGCUGGGCCUUAUUCGCUUGUAAAGGACAUUCAUACCCCUCCUGACCAAUAUGAGCUUGACAUCCAUGCAGUAACGGGCAUCAUUGUUGGAGUGUGUCUGGGGCUCAUUUGCAUCCUCCUCUGCAUGUGUUUCAGCUUCCGCUACACUAAGACAAGUGGUGGCCUGGACUCCACAGCCGCGACCACCCAGUACAGGAGAGGGGGAUACCCCAGUCCCGCCCAUGUGCCGGAGUGCAGCGAUUGUCACGAGCUGGAGACACUGAUGCCCUCCACCGGUCAAGAGUCUGGCCAGUUGUGUGCAGAAGCCCCCGAGGAGCAAAAGCCUGACGGUGAGCACGGACACUGGGGAGGGUGCGGACGCCUCGCACCUGAACACAAGGCCGCUUGGAACGGCUCCAUCAGUCAUAAUUGGGCCAACAAAAUCACCCAAUACAGAGACACCAUCACCGAAGACUCGCCGGGAUUCAUCGUUGGACAACUCAACAUGACAAACUAUACGGAUACUCCGAACACAUCCCACUCCAGGAACCAGGUGGAAGCCAAGGUCAUCGUCCACUCAGAGCUGUCCGACCCGGUCAAUGGGAAGGCCAAGGAAGACUGCGGGGGGGCCAAGGACUCCAAGGCUACCCGGGGACCCUCGUUAGGACAGACCGAGGAGAACCUUUCUGGUAAACAAUCGUUGGGCCCUAGCCCACAGAGUCUUACCUCGACAAAUCCGGAGGCCGACUGCAACGGGGACCCCGGGGACGGAGCGGCGGAGGCGGCUCACGUCGGACCAAAGCAGGACUCGGGGAUGACCAACGGCUUCCACACUCCGAAGACGCCGUGGCCCGAGCCUAAGUCUGGAGAAAACGGGAAUGUUCGACGAUGUCCCUCAGCACAAGCAAAGACUAAGUCUGCCGGGGCUCCUUUUGUCACUUCGGGCCUGGUCCACCCUACCUCAGUAGCACACAGUUACUUGUCCCCAUAAUCUCUGCAUGCCAGCCUCGCGCAGAGGGAGACAUUCUUACCAGGGAUGAUUGUGUACACGCACCACAUUGUCGGAUUUCUUUUGUGCUUUGAAUCCACGCUUUCAUACAUAUGUAAAUACAUGAUCGAGUCUAUUUUUAGAGGUCGACUGCUUGUUUUGCAUUGCAACCAUACAUUCCUCUGGGCUGCGAAAGGAAAAGGAUUCAGCUCAGACCUCUCAAUGCCAGACCUAAGACGGGUACCAAAAUGGUAGGCACCAGUCCAGUGGGUCUGAGGUUCCAGGCACAAUUCGAAGAAUGUCCAGCACCUGUGUCUCUCUUUCGCCUCAUGCUGCCUCAGGGUCACAUACAGUACACACAACAGGAAUAUGUGUCAAUGUAUCUCACCUGUUCACACACCGAACCACACAUAUUUGGAGUGUGGCAUUUUGUAUUGCCGUACUAUGAUUGCAUAACAA